CCGCGCCGGUGGUGAAUGCAAAGGGAGAAAUUCAACUGCGUGGUCAGGAGGAGACAGGCGGAGGCGGUGGUACCUGCGCACUUCAGGGAUUACAUUACAUAUUUACGGGCAGGAGGACAGACUGUGACUGGAGAACAGGAAAGCAGCCUUGAUGUGGGCAGUAUGAGUAAGACGCCCCCUAACAGAAGAGGGAUAACAUUUGAGGUGGGAGCUCAGCUUGAGGCCAGAGACAGCCUCAAAAACUGGUAUGCUGCCAACAUAGAGAAGAUUGACUACGAAGAUGAAAAAGUACUAAUCCAUUACCGCCAGUGGAGCCACCGUUAUGAUGAAUGGUUUGAGUGGACGAGUCCCUACCUGAGACCUGUGGAGAGGAUUCAGCUGAGACGGCAGGGCCUGCAGGACGAUGCUCCUCUACCCGGUUUCCAUGUGAACGACAAGGUAUUGGCCAGCUGGUCUGACUGCCGUUUCUACCCUGCUAAGGUCAUUUCAGUCAACAAAGAUGCUUCCUACACUGUGAGGUUCUAUGAUGGCGUCAUCCAGACAGUGAAGGGGAUACAUGUAAAGCCGUUUAUUAACCAGAGAGGUGGCAAGUCUCGGUCGUCUGAAAGGAACAUGGUCAGGAGGGCCCCAAACCGCAGGGACAGGAGGUCUCUUGAGAACGGAGGUCCUCCCAAAAACAAACGAGCCAGAAGAAGCAUUUCAGACCAGGAGGAGGACAGCAACAGUGACAAUGAGGAGCACAAAGAGGAUAUGAUGCACAACAAGACCAAGAAGAGUAAUGGGGAACUAGAGGCCACGCCCACUAUCAAACAGGAAGAGGAAAUGCCAGAGCAUGGAGCUGAGAACAAGUCAAGGAAUGCGGAAAAAGAGACAGGACUCACAAAUGGUGUUAAGGUGGAGGAAGGUGACCAACGCAUUGGAAACAGUUGUCAUGUAAACGGAGAGAUGAAGGAGGAACUGCAGGAAACCAAUGAGACAGAAACAAAGCCAUACAUGGAGUUACCUACUCAGACGUCAGCAGAGACGGAGCGGGUGUCCGUCACUAUGACAACCACAGAAUCUAAUGGAGAUGUGGAGCUGAAACCAAACAUCCAGUCAGAGAGCUCUGAGCCUACAGUGGAUGUGCCACCUCCCCAGCCUGUAAAACCGGUGAGGAAGCAAGGUUUCCACAACCCCAACAGAUUCAGCAGAGAACCACUAUACCGCGUUAUCAAAAACCAGCCUCCUCCCGUGCUGUCCAUCAACCUCGACCACAACCCGUUUAAGUGCAGCGCUCCCGGCUGCACAAAGUCAUUCCGUAAGGCUAAACUGCUGCACUACCACAUGAAAUACUACCAUGGUGAGGAACCACCUAUGGAGGAGGAGCGCAGCCCCACGAGGAGCGUCCAGACCCGGGCCUCUGACAAGCAGACUACUGCCACUGGUGUGGACGGCCCCAAGAGAAGACGCACCAUCUCUGCCUCCAUGAACUCCGUUGGAGGUGCUGUGUUUCCCCGCGGUGAGGUAAAGAUGGCGAGCAGACGCACAUCCGCCCCUCCAGCGAUGAACGCCCAGAACCAUCAGCACAGGUCACUGCUGAGGGAGAAGAGUAAGGAGAACCAGCUGGACAGGAACGGAUGUCUGCAGCAGGACAAGGACUCAGACAAGAGCGGCUUUGGCAUGGGGUGUGUAAAAGACAAACUGAAAGAGAAACCGAAGCAGAAGGACUUCCUCCGCAUCAAACUGAAGAAGAAGAAGAAGAAGAAAAAGGCCAAGUCUGACUACACAGGUAGUGAGGAGAAUAUUGACAUCUCUGUAUUGGGUCUUCAGUCCAAAUUGAAUUUGCCACACAAAUCCCCCCACUCACACAAUCACAAAGCAGAGGCCUACUGCAGCAGGCCUGGAUACAGCUACUCAGAGCAGAUACAUGUGGAUGAUGACGACAGCAUCAGUGAUUGGUCCACUGACAGCUGUGGGUGGAGUGACGAGGACUUCGGGGUGGACCUGGACGUCACCACGCCUCCGCUCAGUGUGGACUCCGGCGCCGUGGACACCAACGACCAGGAGAUCGUGCGGUGUAUCUGUGAGGUGGAGGAGGAGAACGACUUCAUGAUCCAGUGUGAAGACUGUUUAUGUUGGCAGCAUGGCACCUGCAUGGGACUGCUAGAAGAAAAUGUUCCAGACAGAUACACCUGCUACAUCUGCAGAGACCCACCAGGUCAAAGACAGAGUCUGCGCUACUGGUAUGACCGCGAGUGGUUGACCAACGGUCACAUGUAUGGCCUGUCCUUCCUGGAAGAGAACUACUCUCACCAGAACGCCAAGAAGAUCACCACCACCCACCAGCUGCUGGGAGACGUGCACCACGUGGUAGAGGUUCUCAGUGGCCUGCAGCUCAAGAUGAACGUCUUACAGAGCAGCGCUCACUCUGACCUGCAGCUGUGGCGGCAACCAUGGAAACAUUUGGAGAGGUCAUGGACUAACUCUGACUCAUGCAGGGGCAGUGACGCAGCUCAGUCUCCCGCGAUCGCUGACGAGGACAUGAGCCGAGGAGAGAUUUUAAUGUCCAGCGCUCUGGAGAAGCUGAGCAGGGUCGCUACGGCUGCUACGUCCUCCACGUCCUGCUCGUCCUCGCCCUUCCCGUCCUUCCAAGACUCGUACAUUAUCAGUGAACACUGCUACCAGAAACCGUGGGCAUACUACCCAGCAGUGGAGCAGAGGCUGGUAGUAGAGACCCGGCAGGGCUCAGAGCUGGAGGACAGCAUGAGAAGCACUGAGGAGCUGCUGGAGCGAGAGCAGCGCUAUGGAAGUCUGCUGGAGACGGACAAGCCCAAGUCAACAGGCAGCAGUAACAAGGCCUCUGUGGGUGGCUCGUGGUCUCAGGCUGAGAUGAAGGCAGAGGUGGGGAGAGAUCCUGAUGAGGCUGCAGACAACAAGCAGCAUCAACAGUGGCAGAUCAAUCUGCUGGACCACAUCGAGGCGGUGCAGGACGAGGUGUCCCACAGGAUGGACUUCAUCGAGAGGGAGCUGGACGUGCUGGAGAGCUGGCUGGACUACACCGGAGAGCUGGAGCCUCCAGAACCUCUGGCCCGUCUGCCUCAGCUCAAACACCGCAUCAAACAGCUGCUAACACAGCUGGACAAGGUGCAGCAGAUCUCCCUGUUCAGCUCCACAUGAGGGCGCCACAGAACAGCAGCAGCCGAGGUCACGCCGCUCGGCAUGCGGCAGCGACGCAACUUAGGCUGUCACAAGUCACACAGUCUGCAGAGAUACUGAGGCUUCGAAAGUUUGACCCGAUUGCUGCUGCGGCUGCUGUCUCUCCCUUGUAUUAGUUCUCGUGUGGUGGAAUCUGAUGCUACAGCGCACUCUACAGCGUCUCAUAUGAACAUUCAUAUGAAUACGUUUGGAAGAAUAGCAUCGUAAAAAUCAGGAUUUAACACAAAGAGUAACCUCGUUAAUGCAGGAGAAGUUCCUUAGGACCACAUUACACUUCUAUGGUUCCCAUGCAACUUAAAACCUUCUGAAUGCCUUUUGUCUGAGCUACUGCUUGAAGUUGCCACGUCUCUCUCUCUCUCAGUACACAUUUGCUUUACUUGCAGAAGCUUUACAUUCAAGAUUGCAAGCUCCUGAAAGAACCUCCACGGCCUCUUUGCAAUACUUUGAUUCGUUUAAAGAACGACGUCGCGGUUCUUUUCCCAAAGUUCAGCUGCCCUGUCGUCCUGUGUUAAAAUGAUUGACGGUAACUUGAAGACACCCAGUUUGUAACAAUGCUGCACAAAUAAAACGUUGUGUUGUUAGUUUUCUACUGCACUGUGAAGUUGUUUUUGUCUGAGGUUGAACACUCGUUAGAGACGGCAACAAUUGUGAUGUCUGUUUUGUUCUUUAAUUGUGAUUCUUUUUCAACAUCACUCCUUUUUAAUCUGAGUUAAUCUGUGUGUCUGUCACUGACCUUCACUCUCACUUUGUUGUUGCUGUGGCGUUUGACCAUAACUCACUGAUGACUGUAAUAUAGGCUUGUCUCUCCCUAACCUAGCAUCCUGUGCUUUGUCUCUGACGAUUAUUAUUUAGAUGACGUAAAAUUAUUUUUCCUGUUCAUUUUAUGGUAUUUUUGGCUAUAUUUGUAAAUAAGUUAUUCAGAAGUGUGUCUUUCUUCUUUGACAACAUUCUCCAAAUACAGAUACUGUAUGCUACUGUACUGUAACUGUGUGCUGUAGAUGCAGGGAAAACGUCCUGAACAAUGCAAACUGAUUGGCUGGUACAUAAAUAAACUUAUCACUGUUAUUAAUCA